GGCGGCCAAGCCGUCGGAGGGCGAGGGCAGAAGCGCCAGCAGCGGCUGGAAUCCCUCCUCCUCCUCGGCCCGUGGCCGCUGCGCCUCUCCGCCGGCCAGCCAAUCGGCGCGUGCAGCCCUGCGGCCGCGCCCUCGGGAAUCCCCCCCCGUCGGGCCGGGCCGGGCUCGCUCUCCGGAAGACGCUGCGCCGCAGGACAGUCCUAAGUUGCCUUAAAUGCAAUGCAAAGAAUUGGAAGUGUGAAUGUGCAAUACUGCUUGGGAGGAGACCAGCACUGUGCAGUUGGUAUAUUUUAGCCAUUUCCUUCUGAUGCUUGACUUUGGCAGGAACUUCUGGAAGUGAUCCUGUCUUGCUGUACAUCAGCAGCAAGCAAUGGAUGAUUCCCCAUCGUGGUUCCAGAAUCUGCUUUUCUGGAAGGACACAGUGGAAGAAGGCCAGCCAGUUGUGCAGAAGGGCAAGUGCGCUGAAAAGGAAAAGUCUUGCUAUGCCAGCAUCAAUGGCGGAGACACUGCUGAUGUCUCCAGUGUGCCUUGUGCCAGCAUCGCCAGCCGAGGCUCUGUCACCUGCCCGACCUGCUGUGGUACCGGGCGAAUUCCCCGAGAGCAAGAAGAGCAGCUCGUGGCCCUCAUUCCAUAUGGGGACCAGCGGCUGAAGCCCAGGCGGACGAAGCUGUAUGUCACCAUCACAGUAGCUGUGUGCCUGCUGAUGACGUGUCUCAUGAUGUACUUCCUAUUCCCACGCUCCAUUGCGGUUGUCCCAGCGGGGCUCAGUGCCUCUUCUGUCUCCUUCGACAAUUCCUCUUACACCAUCACCCUCAACAUGACUAAUACGCUGAAUGUCACAAACAACAACUUCUACACGGUGCGUGUGGCUCAGCUGGCCAUCGAGGUGUUGCACAAUGCCCUGGUGAUUGGGAAGAACACGGUGAUGCCCCACCUAGACAUUCCACCCCUGCAAGGUACUCAGAUCCUUUACACCAUCAGCAGUAGAAUUUUGGACAACAAUACUUACAAUAUCUGCACAUGGUCCAGAAUAAAGGUUCACAAUGUCCUUCUACACAUACAGGGGACCCUGACAUGCUCCUACCUCUCUCACUCCGAGCAGCUGGCCUUCGAGAACUACCAGUACGUGGACUGCAGGGGCAACGCCACGCUCCCUGGGAUGUCCAGAUCCUAGAGGUCUCAGCAGUGGCCCUGGAGGAGCCCUUGGUGGUCCCCGCCUCUCUCUGCCAAUGCCAUGUCCCUGGAGCAUCGUUUCCGUCCCUGCUGUGAAGGGUGGAGUCUGAGGUGGGGAAGGCGAGCACGCUCUGUAUUGCCAGUUCCACUGCCAAGGAAGAGGGCAGCAGAAAUGUCUAUGGACAUCGAGGGCAGCAGAAAUGGACCCAAAGUGUAAGAAAAGGCAGAGGACCCAAGGUGAAGUCUCAGAAUUUCGUGGUGUGAUUUGUGAAAGAAAAACUGUCCAGCUGGCUUGCUCAGAUCACCUCGACCUGCAAAUGUUUCUGGGAGGCAGAAACUAGUGAAAGGGUCUCGCCAGCCUGGGUCUUGCUUGGGAGGGCUGGUGAGGGAUCUCUGAAGGUUUCUUCCACCUGCACAUGAUUUUCAGUGGUGGGGAGGAUCUUUGGACUUUGCACUCCCUUGUUUGCUGAAGCAAGCUCUUCUUCUCACUCCCUCCCCCACCUCUGCUGAGCCACCAGAUCGACUGUCCUCUCCCUGAAGAAGCUCAGGAAGCCGCAAACGCCUCCAUGUUCUCAUUUUUAAGUUAGGGAGAGAAGGACAGAAUUCCAGGGACAGUUCUAAAAAAAAAAAGUUUUCCAAAAUAAAGAAUCUCCCCUAUCCUGA